UUCAGACCUGAGCCCUGGAAUAUUCUACGCAUGCGCGUUGUCAAAACGUGUUCCUCUGUCAGGGAACUUAUCGGCAAGGGAGAAAUUUUGCAAGUCAUCGUGGGCUAUUCAAGACAAGUGGACUACAACAACAUUAAGCAAAUCUAUGGAAAUAAAAUACUUUUUCAAGACCGUGACUGUCGUAUGCUGCUAGAGUACCGUCUAGACAUUUCGGGCAGUUUUAUUCCUAAACUCUUUAUGCAUUGAAGAAGCUUUGAUGUAAUAAUUGAAAAUCUAAUGGCAUCUGAGCAUCUGACAGGAUAGACAUUGGCCACUGAGGACAAAGGAACCCUCAUUUCCCCUCAUUCUCCCUUUUUUGCACCAAGUCAAUGGUUUUGUGAAAACACAAUUUUUGUGAUGGUUUCUCAACAUUUUAUACUUAUUUAUGUCAUGUAAAACACUGACUGUAAGUGUUCCCAUUUGACCCUCGUUGUGUUAGGUUUUUGUUUUUGUUUUGUUUUUUAUUUUGUUUCCUUUGCCAAGAAAUGCUUUACUUGAAAAAGUACUUCACAGAGGGUCUGAUUCAGUUCACUAUCCUCCUGAGUCUCAUUGGGGUGCGGGUGGACGUGGACACCUACUUAAACAGUCAGCUGCCCCCGCUACGUGAAAUCAUCUUGGGGCCCAGCUCAGCCUACACACAGACACAGUUUCACAACCUGCGCAACACCCUGGACGGCUAUGGCAUCCAUCCGAAAAGCGUGGACCUGGACCAUUUCUUUGCCAUUCGUCGGCUGCUGAAUCAGGUGCACUCUCUGGAUCACCUGCGUGUUCCCAGCACUGAGCUGAACGCUUGGCUGGUGCACCGUGACCCUGAGACAGUGGUGUCUGCAGCCAGCCAGUCCAGCCCUAGCAUUGCCCUGGACAAUGGCGGCAGCCUGGAGGACGUGAACAGCCCUGAACCCUCGGCCAUGAGAGGGGCCGGCAGCACUUCUGAGUCAACUUACAGCCUUAGUGGAGAGGACAGUUUGGGUGCUGUGGCCCCUGAGGCCAACCAGGAACAAGGCAACGGAGACAGCGUUGAUGAGCUUUCUAAAGAGGACAUAGACCUUAUAGAUAUCCUCUGGCGACAGGAUAUUGACCUCGGAGCUGGACGGGAAGUGUUUAACUACAGCAGCAGGCAGAAGGAUGGUGAGGGAGAUAAACAGAAUGAGGUAAAUGAGGAGGCAGGUGUACGGGAGGAGGACUGGAGAAAUGGAAUCAAUCUGCAGGAGGGUCAGGGCAUCACCCUAGUGGAUGGAGAGACUGGGGAGAGCAUACCUGAGGAGCUUUCUCGCCUUGGCACACAGACUUCGAUGUCCCUUCAGGAAUGCCUAAGGCUUCUGGAGGCCACCUUCCCUUUUGGAGAGGAAUCAGAGUUUCCUCUGGUCAAUUUGAAGUUCCAGGCUACAGAUGCUGCCCCUCAACUUAGAGGCCCAGAAGAAAAUGCUCCUUCAACAUCUCAGGGGCUUUCACUGCCUGCCCCUUUGCCUCAGUCUGAUGCACCUUUAGACCUGGAACAGCAAUGGCAGGACAUAAUGGCAAUCAUGGAACUGCAGGAAAUGGAUGUGAAUAACACAGCAGAAAAUACCAAUCUCAAUAACCCGAAUAACACUCACACUAAUACCAAUGAAUCAGGCACGAUGGCAAGUUUUGGUGUUUCCCAAUCCAGUCUGAUCAACCAGGAUGUGAGUCUCCAUCAGGCGUCUCUCCCAAGCUGCAGCCAGGACCUCCCCAGCCUUUUCAACUCCGAUUUAGAUCCUUCUGUAGGACAGCGGCCUACUCUCCCUAGGCUCUCCUCUAGUAAUUCAACUAACGUUAACUCAACAUUUGGAGUCACAAAUCUUACUGGGCUGUUCCUCCCACCACUCAACAGCACCAACAACUUAACCUCUUCCCCAGUCCUGCCAGAUCCCUUUGUUAGCCUGCUGGAGGAAUCCAUGAUAGAUGAAAUUAGCCUACUAGACCUUGCAAUGGAGGAAGGGUUCAGUCAGGCUCAAGCCUCUCAGCUAGAAGAUGAGCUUGACUCAGACUCUGGAUUGUCUUUGGAUUCCGGUCACAGCCCUGCAUCUCCCAGCAACUCUGAGACGUCUUGUUCCUCGGCUGCAUCCUCCUCCUCCACCUCUGCUACUUUCUCUGAGGAAGGCGCUGUGGGCUACAGCACAGAUUCUGAAGUGGCUACAGCUGAAACAGAGGAGGGAGCCGUUGGAGGCUACCAGCCUGAAUACAGCAAGCUUUGCCGGAUGAGCUAUCAAGAUCCCUCUCAUUUUCAUAACCUGCCUCAGUUGGACAGCAUCAAUCACAACCACACCUACAAUUUGCCAGCGGCCUCCUCGUACCCUGAGCAGCCCCAGCUGCUUGGAUCCUGCAGUAAAAAGUACAGAGACAAGCACCUACAACAAACCAAGGUUCAUCCACCAAGAGAGUUCAUCGACAAGCAAUCUAGCCGCGAUGAACGUCGGGCCAGAGCCAUGAAAAUACCUUUCUCCAAUGAAAAAAUUGUCAACCUUCCCGUUGAAGAGUUCAACGAACUUCUGUCUAAACACCACCUCAGUGAGGCUCAGCUUUCACUCAUCCGUGAUAUCCGCAGACGUGGCAAAAACAAAAUGGCUGCACAGAACUGCCGCAAACGCAAACUGGACACCAUCAUCAAGCUUGAGCAAGGUGUGCAGGAUCUGCGGCGCGACAAAUCCCGGCUGCUGAAGGAAAAGAUGGAAUGCCUGCGCUGCAUCAGGCAGAUGAAGCAGAAGGUGCAGACCCUUUAUCAGGAAGUGUUCAGCCAGCUGCGUGAUGAAGAAGGCAGACCAUAUCCUGCUAGUGAGUAUUGCCUGCAGUACAGUGCUGAUGGUAGCGUGCUCAUCACACCAAGAAGCAUGACUCUUGAGCAAAGCCGAAAGCCUGACAAAAAACCGAAGGACAAAAAGAAGUGAGGACUUCACCCCACCAAAAAAAAAAAAUUCAUAUGCGGUGGAAGUAAAUGCUGUUUUUUUCCUUUGAGAAGAUUCUAGCAAGGAAAAGAAAAUUGCACUGUCAGUGUUGUUCCUGCAUUAGGUUUUCUCCUUUUUUCUUUCUUUGGUUCAAAUGUUUUCUCCAGAAAAUAAGAAGCAGAAUUGCUUUUUAAAGUACCGAAUUUCUGUUGUUUUACUUGGAGUAUGGAGUAUGACUGGAAUGGUGAAUUGACUGAAUCUAAGAAGAGCAAAAGAGGCAAACCGCAGCUGUGGAGACACUGACUAAUCUGAGAAUAAAUUGAGGAAUUGACCUUAAUUUCCAUCAAGAGCCCAAAAAACAAAAGAAUGGUAAUACUAGCUGAUUAUCAGCUUGGAAAGGUCAUUAGACUCUUUAGUAUUGGCCUCUGGGGUGUGUGAAUACCCUGCUGGUAGUCUUUUAGUUUAAAGAAGAAGGCCUUUCUUUCUGAAGAUGUUGGAGAGCCAGCGGAAGUUGAAAGACUUUUGUGGUGAGAAAGCAAAUGCAAAAGAAAAGCAUACCUUCAGUGACCAAUGGUUGUGCAUUUCUUUUGUUUCCAGUUCCAUCACAGUGGUCACUCAUGUACCUACACCAAUGUGACUUAAAUGACAUACCAACAAGGAAAUGCCGCAUUUCUCAUGAGACAGUUACAUAUGAAACCUGACAGGGGUGUCUCUGGGUAUUAAAUGCCACUUGCCAUGGAAUUAGGAAGAAGGUUGGAUGAAGUAGAGGGGUAAAGAAUGAGUUUGAGGGAAUGCUCCAGGCGGGAAUGAUUGAGAUGAAAAAUUAAUACAGAGUUAAGGAUGCACACUGCAUUACUAAUAAAUCAGCUUCUGUGCUCUGCUCGAUGCUGUAAAUCAUCUCUGUCGCUUGGCUGUUAGCUCUCAGUCUUUAGCGGUCGUUUCUCUUCUGCAGGCUUUAAAGGUGAGAAUUUCCUCCGUGAACCUUUCCAUAGUUUUCCUCCCACGUGCAUAAAGUUCUACAUAAACUACAGGCCUGUUUUUGUUUUUUUUUCCCUCCUGAAUUCUGUCAUGACUAUUUUGCUGCUUAAAACUGGACGUUCUAAAAAUGAUCAAAGUCAAAACAACCACAAAAAAAUAAAAAAAAAUACUGUACAGAGAUGUUGUGCUGAAUUUCGGCUCAUCACAUGCUUUUCAGAGUUACUUUCUGGCUAAAUACCGGACUGCUAUGUUGUUUUCAAGCAACAGUUUCAAAGUACAAUUCUCACCCCAAGACAAUUUCUGUUGCAGUAGUUUUCUGUAAUUUAUUUAUAUAUAUAUAUAUAUAUAUAUAUAUAUAUAUAUAUAUAUAUAUAUAUAUAUAUAUAUAUAUAUAUAUAUAAAUUACAUUUUUUUUAUGCACUGGACAAUGAACAAGAUACUCUCAAAUGUUAAGAAUAUUGGCUUAAUGUUCACAUUAUUAGAACUUAAUUUAGUACCAGUUCCUUCUUUGAUUAACUGAUGUGAAACGUUUGAACAUCACAGUUUUUCUUUAAUGUAUUCGGUUUUUCAUAAUGUAUUUUUUUGUUUGUUUCCUUUCUCUCUUUUACUUGUUGAACUUCCCCUGUUAAACAGGUGAAUAUCUGAACACUACCGUGCACCAGUUUAGCUAAUAAACACAUCUGGAGAACUGAAAAGCUGCCAGUGCAGCAUGAUCACCGAUAUCAAACUAUUCAGGAGACUAGCAUACAUGUAAAAUAUAAUAUCUUUAAAUUGGAGCUUUAGCACUAAUAACAAGCUUUUAAUCUUCACCUCUUCAGAGUUUAUUCACUUCUACCGGUUUCCAUCGCUCACAUCGACUCUGAACACAUACAGAGUCUCGUGUGGAGCUAUUUUCCUGUCAAAAAUAGUUGCAUGUAAAGAUUGCGAUUCUAUCGUAGUUUUAUGAAUUGAAAAUUCAACAAAUUGUUCAUCUGCAAUUGCAGUUAUAACUUUACGUAACAAGACGCACUCAUAUUUAAACGUAAGUCCUAAUUUACAUUGUUACAUGUCAUCAAUUUAUCUAGCGUCUUUAAGGCAGAUGCUUUAACAGCUUUUGUACUACUACUGCAUACAUUUUGAAAGCGCAUUACUCAAUUUUAUUGCGGUAACACUUUGAGAGAGUGAGAGUUAUGGGGCUGGCCUCAGACAGGCAAACGGACAUUAAAAGUUAUCAAGAGUUCGACAUAGGUCUUGAAUAAUAGCUGCAGUGGCUCGGAAUGGCUGGGCUGCUGGUUUUCAUUCCAGCUGAAUACGAGCUACACUCAGUAGUCAUUAGAAAUCCGAGAUCACUAAAAAUAAGCGCGUUAGUUAUAAGUGGCAUUAAAAACGGCCCCAGCAGCUCUUUGCAGAUAAGAUUGAAGUCCACCGGCUUUCAAAUAACGUUCUUAAAGAUGUGGCUUCAAACUGUCCAAACUAUGCACGUAAAGCAGUAUUGCUUAAACCCAAGAGGUGUUCAGUAUGAAGUGAAUGUUUGAAAAAGUAUUUAAAAACAACCAUAAGAAGCAUACAUUAAGAAUUUGUUCAAAGAUGACUGAAUUUGCAAUUCAUAAAAAUGACGAUUUGUCAGGAAAUGCACUCUGUGUGCCAUGCACUCUGUCUGGUUGUUGCUGUAUGCAAGGAGUAAAAGUAACCAUUACUUUGACAAGAAAAGUUUUACCAUAUUUAAUAACUAUGGCGUAGAUAAAGUUAAUUAUUUAAACAACAACAAAAAAAGGAUCAGGCAUGGAAAUUGUGCUUAAAAUACUUUAAGUUCCUGGUCUUAUGCUGUCACUGUUUGUCAUGCACUGAUUAUUUCGUGUCUUGUUUGUUUUGUAAAUAUGUUUGUGUUGUUUGUUUUGAUUUAAAGACAUUUUGGCCCUCUGUAUUUCACCAGGCCUUCUGACUCCUGUUUUGAUUUUGUUUCACUUUGUGUUUAUUUUGAAAGAUUUGCUGGCAAUCUGGAAUUUGUUCUCUUUUUUUGGGUAAUAAACCUUUUUUUCUUUC